AUGUUUAACCUGCAAUGCGAUGAGAGCAGACCAUCCUGCAAGCGCUGUACCGCGACUGGCCGCAAAUGCGAUGGCUACCCACACGUCGCCGACUUGACAGAUGUCUCAUCCAGCUCCCCGGGUUCGGAUCCGUCUGUGGUCCUGACGGUCCAGCCAAGUCGCGCCUCUCCGGGAGUCAGUUCUCCAAGCGACAACCGCGCUCUGCAAUACUUUGCUGAAGCCGUGGGGCCGCUCCUCUCAGGGGCCGUGGAUCCUUACUUCUGGACGCACAUAGUCAUGCAGUUCAGCACAUUUGAGCCGGCGGUAACGCACUCCAUCCUAGCCAUCAGCGACCUCUAUGAGCAGUUCCACACCGGGACUGACGAGAUCGUUGCCCCGCGGGACUACAGCUUUGCUGUGCGCCACUACAAUGCGGCCAUGAGAGAGCUGAUUGGCAUGAAGACGCAGGACAAGCACCCCACGGUCCUGCUUGUCUGCCUCCUGUUCAUCUGCAUCGAAUUUCUGCAGUCUGGGCGCGAAGCCGCUAUUAAGCACUGCAAGCAUGGGGUCGCGCUCCUUCGAAAUACCCACAGCGAGUUCCCCUGGACCAAGGAGCAUCUUCUCCCACUUUUCCGACGCCUUACAGAGUACUCAUUCUUCUUCAGCGGCGAAAAGGCCGACUUCCCGGACCUGAGCGGACUGGAACAUCCUAUGCCCCCAAGCUUUUCCUCAUUCCAAGACGCCCAGUUGAUGAUUGACGAUCUCUACUGCCAAACUCUCCAGCUCAUGAAGCAAGGAUAUCCUUUUCGUUCCCUGUCGCCAACGGGAAAUGGCGUUCCCCCGAAAUUACUAGCGCGGCAAGAAUACGUCAAUAGUAUGCUCGACCGGUGGAGCAUUCUCUUCGCCCAGCUGAAUAACCAAAGCAAAUACACGUCCUCGCCCACAACUAAGGCUUUCGAGGAAAAACCAGACUACGUACCGAACAUGCUGCGCGGUUUCCUCUCCACUCGAUACGAGUGCUGCCGUAUUUGGCUGAAUAUGGCGUUUACUAACAAUUUGACUGGUUACGACAAGUACGUGCCAAAUUACAGCCAACUAGCAAAAAAUCUCGCCGAAAUGGUCGUUCAAAUAUCAGAACACUCGAAGAUGGAAGGCGUUCAUGCCAAAACGUCCAAGUUCAUGUUCGAAACGGGGUACACGCCAAUGUUGUUCUUUUUUACGACAACAUGUCGUCAUUUGGAGACGCGGCUGGAAUUACUCCGGCUGAUGCCCAUCCUCGGGCUCCCGCGAGAGAAUCUGUGGGAGAUGGCGACGCUAGUUGCCGUGGCACGGAGGGUCAUUGAGCUCGAACACGGCAUUUCGUUAAACCCUGCCGGACGACCUACGGUCCCGGUCUCACCCUCCGCGCCUCUGCCGCCAAACGAAACGAGGGUGGCGGAUAUCUGGACGGAGCCCAAGACUGAAGAAAGAAAUAUGAACGGGCACAUUGUGCGUGGAAGAGUGGUUGGGUUCUUCAGACGUGAUAAGCCUGACGGUGGCACAUCUCUUCACACAGAGUUUGUGGAAGUAAGGAAUGUCAAGGAGGAGUUGGGCGAGGGAAUUGCGACUGUAGUGGUUCCAUAG